UGAUUAGAGGGGUGACCUCUCGUUUCCCCACUGGACUGUCUGGAGCACUCGGGAGAGUUAGAGGCAGAGGUAGCUGCUGAUAAGAGCUGAGCUUUUCUAGAGGCAGCCUCCUUUCGAAUGUGUUUGAGCUUGUCAACCUGUUAUCCACCACCACGCCCCCCUAUUUUCAAUCUUUGCCACGUGGUCAAGAAGAGAAGAAGCUAUUGUCGAGAAGAUGUCAAAGGAACAAGGCCCAAAGAGAAGAAAAACUAGUAAAAAGAAUAAGGCAAGCUGGAGAAAGAACACAGAUGUGAAGGAUGUACAGGAUUUUCUGGCUGAGAGAAGUAGGGAGCAAGUGACAGGAGUGCCUGCUGCUGAGAAGUCAAAUGAACAGCUUUUCUUUGAGGAGAGACUUGCCAAAGACACUGAUAAUGCGUUUACUGUUAAGAAAUCAAAGAAACCUCUACGAUCAGAGCUAUCGCUUCACCCCAACUCAGCCGUCCCUGGCUUUCCCCCUCAGAAAAGAAAGAAGGGUAAUAAAUCUAGCAUGAUUGUCACCAGCGGCUUGACCGAUUCCUCUGGUGAUGAUGAGGGCUAUGAUAAGAGUGCCUCGUAUCAAACCUUACACACUCAACAAUCGAAGAAGCUGGCUAAGUGGGUGAGAGAGAACCCUCCCAAAUCAACCGUUAUUCUUGCUCGCAAGGACUUGUGGAGUCAGGACGGAGCUGCUUCUCUUGUGGGUAUACCAGACGAUCAUUACCAGAAAGUAACCGGCAAGAAGCCUGUAAAUAGACCGGCAUCGCUUGGUACGAGGCCAUCUGCCCUGCCAAGUGUGGAACUGCCACAUGCUGGAAUGUCUUAUAACCCCACCUUUGAAGAUCAUCAGGAGCUGCUGGGUAUGGCAGUUGAGAUAGAGAAGGGGAGAGAGAUAGCGGCAGAGAAACUGGAGAAGAAAGUUCAGUUGGCAGAACUCACUUUCUCACAACGAGAGAAGGUGUGGAUGGAUGAGAUGACAGAGGGACUACUGAGUGAUGGCGGUGGAAGCCAUGGCAGUGACAGUGACGAGGACGUCAUCUUGAAACGGCCAGUACGAGCCGAGAACAGAAAGACCAAGAAACAGCGAAGGAAAGAAAAAAUGAGAAGAGAAAUGGUGAAGCUAAAGUUAUCAGAAAAAGCCCAAAAAAUGAAAAUGGAUGAAGUAUUCAGGUUGCGUUCCAUUAAGAAGGAGAUAAGUAGUGAAGAAGUGGCUGCACUAGAGAAGACGAAAAGACGACUAGAGGAUGAGAAAAUGGCACCCUACCAAACACAGAGGCUGGGAAAGCACAGGUUUGAGGAGGUAGAUAUCGAAUGUAAAUUGAGCACUGAACUGACUGGAUCGUUGAGAAAUAUGAAGCCUGAGGGUAGUCUAGCACUGGAUCGAUACAAGAGCCUACAGAAGCGCAACAUCAUUGAACCUCGAGAGUUAAUGAAAAGACGCAGAAAGUACAGGCUUCUCGUGAAGGAAAAGAGAUCGUGCAAGUUACCAGAGGAAUUGCCAAAGCCCUUUAAAAGCUUCAAACGCUCAGCAUAGCAAAAGUAGAAUUAUUGUUAGAAUUUGUUUGUGCUUUUAUCGUUAAAACAAUUUGCUGCAUACUAUUUUUUUGUUGAACAA